AUGUCCAGCAUACUCAACUCAUUGUUUAGCACUGUUUCGAGCCUGCAGCCAUUCCUGACCUUCCCUCGACCCGGAUCCGACGAGCCAGACCAAAGCCAGGUCCAGCAGGGUGGCCGUCAUGUCGUGCUUGUGGGUCCCAGUGAGCCCUUUUGCCAAAGGAUAGCUGAGCAUCUCCUACCAGAUCACCAAGUCGUCCAGGUGCUAAGCUCUAUCUCGGCGGCCAGUGAAGUGUUGCAUCGCAUACAGGACGAUAGGUCGAGCCCAUCUCCCGACGACAAACUCAACGCCACGCCCAGGCAUGUAGUGCUUGGUAAAGGGUUCAGAGAACAGCAGAUGGAGAAGAUGCGCGAGGAUCUUGGCGGAGAUGAUCCUCGCUUCUCUUGGUACUGGACGCCCACCGAGAGUGGCGAACGUCCACCUUUGCCAAGAACGUUAGCAGAAGAUGAGCUGAAUGUGUUCGCACAAAAGAUUGCAGCACACAUAGCAGAGGUUAUAGACGACGUAGUGGCAAAGGGCGAGGAAGGAAGUGGGCAGAUAUACGCACUCUGA